AUGUCAACUCAAGUGAUGCUUCCACUGCCCGUUCUACCACCAGAAUGGAAAGCGGAGAAAGACUUCUUGUCCAAAGGCUCUCUCUCAACCCCCAUACAAAGAAACAUAGAGCCGGUUGGGCCUCAUUUCCUGGCCCACGCUCGAAGGUUGCGCCAUCGACGAACUUUCUCCGAAGAUGAGAGGAUCCAAGCCCAAGAGAAAGCCCAGCGGACGGAGCAAGAUUCAGAUGCAGACAUCAGUGAACCUGAGGACCCUGUUAUGCUGUCUCGGGACGCGAAAGACUGGAAAGGACAAGACCAUUAUGCAGUUCUCGGGCUUUCAAAUUUCAGGUGGCAGGCCAACGAGGCGCAGAUAAAACGUGCGCACCGGAAGAAAGUUCUUCGCCAUCAUCCAGACAAGAAGGCAGCUGCAGGUUCCUCCGAGGAUGAUUCAUUCUUCAAAUGCAUUCAAAAGGCUACGGAAGUACUCCUCGACCCAGUAAAGCGCCGCCAAUUCGACUCGGUUGAUGAAGAAGCCGACGUACCUCUCCCAUCUAAGAAGCAAUUACAGAAGGGCAAUUUCUACAAGCUCUGGAAUCCAGUCUUCGACAGCGAGGCCCGGUUUACCAAAAGUCCUCCCGCUCCCCAUCUCGGCGACGAAAAAUCGGCCAAGGAGGACGUCACAGAGUUCUACGACUACUGGUACAAUUUCGAUUCAUGGCGAUCCUUCGAGUAUCAAGACGAGGACGUACCUGACGACAACGAAAACCGCGACCAGAAAAGGCACGUAGAAAGGAAGAACAACAACGCCCGAAAAAAGAAGAAGACAGAGGAUACAGCUCGUCUUCGCAAUCUCGUGGACCAAUGCAUAGCCGGCGACGAACGCAUCAAGAAAUUCCGACAGGAAGAAAAGGCCGACAAGAACAAGAAACGUUUGGACCGAGAGACUGCGGAGAAGAAAGCAAUAGAAGACAAGAAGAAGGCUGCAGAGGAGCAGGAACGAAUGAAGAAAGAAUCCGAAGAGACUGCUAAAGCUGAAAGAGCAGAGGGCAAGAAAGCGAAAGAAGCCGCGAAGAAUGCGGUCAAGAAGAACAAGCGGGUCUUGAAGGGCAGUGUGAAAGAUGCGAAUUACCUCCUGCCCGCGGGAGCGAAAGCAGACACGAAGCAGAUCGAUGGUGUGUCUUUGGAUAUAGAGAUCGUGAUGGGGAAGAUGGAGCCAGAGGAUAUUGCAAACUUAGCUGGCAAAUUGAGUGGGUUGAAAGUGGCGGAGGAAGUUGCGCCGUUGUGGCAGGAAGAGGUGAAGAGACUUAGAGAGGUUGGCAAGUUGAAGGAGGGAGAUGCUAAGACUUUGGUUCCUUGA